AUGAUCCAAGGAGACUGCACACCUGGAACCUCAUCAGGAGCCUCUCAACGGCAACUACAACAAGAAUUUCGCGAAAAUGUGAGUACCUUCACCGAUCAACCUUUACAAAGUAGUCAUAUUGCGGUUAAGCCACCCGUUUUCUUGAAAAGUAGCCCUCAUAUAUUUUUCAUUCAAAUAGAGACGUCUUUUCGACGCGCUAACAUUUCUCGCGAUGAUACAAAAUACGACCACGUGGUCGGCGCAUUAGACGCGCAAAUUCUCGAACUGGUCAGUGAUUUUCUUCGCAAUCCUCCCGAAACGGACAAAUACGAGUGUCUCAAAAAUAGAGUUAUCGCGGAAUUCGCGAACUCCGAAUCGAAAAAAAUUCGAAAGUUACUUAAUGACGUUGAGCUUGGUGACCGUAAACCAUCUCAGCUUUUGCGCCACAUGCGUGACCUGGCCGGAAGCUCAGUUUCGGAAACAAUUUUAAAAAGCUGGUGGAUUGAAAGAUUGCCUGUUACACUUCGAGCUUGCUUAAUAAUUGGUGAUGAAGAUUUAGACAUAUGCGCCAAACGCGCCGAUACGAUCAUGGACUUUGUUGGAUCCACAUCCUCACAAGUCAUGGCAGUGAAAGCUGGUGCCAGUACACCACAUAAAAAUGAACAAUUUGAGGAAAUCCUCAACAAUAUUAAAGCUUUGACACAGUCAGUUGCUAAUUUGGCAACCCAGUUGACCACCCCCGGUGAUCGUUCACGGUCACGAUCACGAAGUGGCAACAACCAGAAUGCACGUUCAAGCUCCGGCGACAACGGUAAUGCCAAACCGUUUUGCCGAUACCACUACAAGUUCGGUGGCGCAACACUCAAAUGUGUUCCCCCGUGCAAAUUUAACGAUAAAAGGCCGGAAAACUAA